CUCCAGGGCCUCACCUUACUACGAGAGAUGAGGGGAACCCGCACUUUAGCCCUUCCCCCGCGCCCCUCCGGAACCAUCGGACCUAAUGCGGACGGCGACCCCACUUCUUACCUAGCUAAGCAGCACUGCAGCGCCUUUCUCAACUGGAGGGCGGGCCUUUAGUCUCUGUACCCUGAUUCGCUGAGGCGGAACGCCUUCUUUUCGGAUUGGUGGAGUGCCCUGUCCAUCAUAAUGAAGAGGCGCGGGCUGGAGUUGCCAUGGGAGCGAGGGACGCGUAACCACCACAAUGGCGGCGGGGCACGAGCUCUACAGUCACUGACUCUCCCCGCUCUCAGCUCGGGCUGGCCUGAUUUAAUAACGUCCCUAGAGGCAAGGAGGGGAAGUUUGGAUGAAGACUGGCUCUUAAGGGUUUACUGUCCAGAAUCCCAAAGCAUGUAUGAUGUGCAAACUCCAGAACAGCCUGUCCAGGGAAUCUCACCAUCAGUGUCUGAGAAGAUCAGAACAAUAAGUACUCUGUGCAAAAGAAAAUCUUCAAAAGAUUGGCUACUGCAGGAGCCCUCAACUACUUUGCAGCCCUGUUCAGGAGCGUCUAACAUGGGUGGUUCAGACAACCACUGGCUACUAAAGCUGAAAUGUCCAAGGUCCCAGACAGAGUAUGACCUGCAGACUCCAGAACAGAGGGCCACUUCAUCCUUGGCUAGGCGCAGAUCCCCAAGAACUUUUGUCAGAAGUGCUUCCGAGAGGAAAAAAGCUUGCGAAGAUUGGCUAACGCACAAGCGUUUUUCUCAAGUGCAGGCAGUAUCUAAUGAAGGCCAAGAUAUUAUUGCUGCUACCCAGUCCAUCUUGGACAGAGAAAAUUAUUUUGUAAAGGAGGUGGACAAGUAUUUGAAACACAGAGAUUUCUUAGAGCUGAGAAAGAAGGAGAUCCAGUACAAGAAAUGGCUGGAGUGUGUUUCAGAGCCAUUGCUGCAGAAAAUUGAGGACAAAGUUGACAGCCAGUCAAGUAAAGAAAUAGAGGAAAGGAAACGAAAGCAGCUCUCUCUAUAUUUAAACUACUGUAAUAAGAAGGGCAAGGUGGCUUUGGAAGAUUAUGAUGCUUCAGAGUACGACCCUCUCUUCCUGAAUACACAUCCCACCUACUCGAAGGUGUCAACUCCACCUUUACACGAUCCACUGUUAAAAGAGGUACAAGGAAGAUUUCUUGAGGGUGGUCUUAUCCAGCAAUGUGAGACAGGAAGAAUAUACUCGGCCAAAGAAAUGAACGACCUAUAUAAGGCAAAGUUGCCAUUGCUUCCUUUAGGCCGGAAGAUGAUGGAUGCUGCUGAGUGGCUGAAAAUACCCCCAGGAUACGUAGAAAGUGAGAUUCGUCAGAGGAAGAGGCGAAGAGUGAAGAGAAACCAUAAUGCUGGCACCCUGGACUUCAAGGCCUGGGCUGACAGCACAUGUCCUCCCACCCUUUGGAAAGAGGAGAUGUAUAUCUACUAGAAAGUCAAAUUUGGGAUGUGCACCCAGGACCUUCUGCAAAGCAACUGACCACUUGGCAGUCAUCUUGAUGAAAUGCAAUAAAGCAGUCUUGCUAACCAUUCCUUUCUGAAGUGCCAACUGCAUCAGUACAGAACCCAAAGAAAUGCAAAAUACUCUGCGCUACAUGGACUUCCAGCCCUGGUAACCAUACUGUAUAGACUAAAAAUCUGAGAAAGGUAAAAUGGCAGGAGCUUCAUUUAAAAAUGUCACUGCAUAGGGACAGAUGACAAUGCUAAAACACUGAAGUUUAUUGCAAUGCUGUGAAAUGUUUGCAUUGAAAAGAGAAAUAAAUCACCAGCAUUUUCCCUACCUUCCCAGCCAUUAUAUAGCCUGUCUUUUUAACAAUCCCAGAGACUGCCUAACUACACAAACAACAAGCAAGACAGGAAAAGACAUUUCUAGAAUCUGCACAUUACUACAUAAGGUACUCUAUUACGACUCCUGGUCUGAUUUACUUCUGAUAUCAAAGUGUGCAGUGAAAACAUGUUAGGGAAAGCAGGUCCCUGGGUUGUCCUUUUCAUGACCUUGAGGGAGAUCAGCAUUCACUUACUAGUUCCAGAUCUCAUUUAUUUUUCCAUAGGCCAGAACUCUGAGGAUAGGGCACCUUGAGAACCUCAAAAACAAAUCCUCUGUCUGAAUAACGAGCAAAUCAAACUGCCCCUUUAGCCAGCCAACCUACCUUAGUUUGAUGGGGGACAGGUAAGUAUAGCUUCUGUAGUAGUUAAACAACAUUCUCAAGCAACUGUUUGAACUGGUAUUUACUUCACUGUUAAAACUCUGUAAGUGAAAAUAAAUAUAUGCGUCUGAAGUAUAAAAUAAAGUUUGCUUACUAAUAUCAUGCCACGUUUGAAAGGUUUUCUGCUGGACACUUAUAAGAUGCACAAACUGAGAUGACUUUUAGCAACAAAUGGUCCUAGAAAGAUGGAGUUAUCCCCACCAGGCAUGGAAAUAGAAGGCGCAUAUUUGUGGAAGACCAGUACUUACUAUUCCAGCUGUAUUAACUUCUGCCAGUAUCUACAAAUGGAUAGUUUCAAUACCUUUAAAAUAUUAGGCCAUUACCCCGUCUCACUAGGGGUUGGCUGCAAUUAAAUACAAAAUGCAAAGGUUUGGCAAUCACACCUUAUUUUCUCACAACAAAAUACUGUCCCCUUAAGAUAUAUAAAACAAACAUGAUUCCCAUCAAUUAGAUAGAUAGACACAAUCUCUCAAAAGCUGCCAAGUUUUUUUUUUUUUUUUUUUUUUAUUUAGGACUAGAAAAAUUGAACCACAGAAAACAGUUAAAACAGAGGGUCUGACUUAAGUCCAGCAAAGAAACGGUAUUCAGGCUGGUAAUCAAGUUUGAAACUCUGUUAGGCAUUAUUAGGUAUUGUAGCACCUGUGGGAUACAAAUUCAUUCAUUGUCUGGAAUUGAAUGCAAUGCUUAAAUAUCCACAAGGAAAAUUCAGGAUGCAAUAACAUGGUUACUAUUUGUCAAACACUUU